AUGUUGUCCCUAAUAAAUUUACCCAACGGCAGAGAAGAGAAGCCGGCAAUCGCUCAUAUCUACAAGCAAUUUCGCUUCCAAUAUCUGAGAGAACAUCAACUGCCCAAGCGGCAGAUUACAAGAGGGUUCCAACGACGGAAAGAAACACUGCCAUUCACUGAUGAGCUUGAUCUAACAAAGAAUGCCGAAACGAAUCAUGAAAAAUCUCCUGAACCCGAACCAGAAAUUGAGUCAGGGCUUGAACCUGGGACUUUUGGAAUGUCUAGACCAAAGAUGGAGAAAAGCUUUAAACCGGUCCCUGAAGAGCAACGUGUUAUCCACGAACGUGACACUGCUGCCUUGCCCCUGCUAUCAACUUUUUGCCCAGUUAUCGCCCAGUCAUCCUUUAAGAAGGGUUGGAUGCAAGUUGAAAUGAUAAAUUGGGGGGUCACCCUGAAAUCGAGGCAUACCGUAAAAUCAGAGAUGUUUGGGUCGCGCAAAAUAUCUGGAACUCUAAGCUGUCCGCAUUCCCUGGAAUGA